AUGGAGGACCCUGGGCCGUCACGCGAAACUCCUGUGAUGACGGCGCUCACAGGAAAUAGCGCAACGGGUUAUGUCCCAGCAGUCAAUAGCACGCCAAUCGAAGCCCGCGAUGAAUCAUCAAAGACGUCUGAGAGUGGCAGUAUCCGGCUGAACGCAUCCGAGGCUCGGUAUGUUGGGAGCAGCCACUGGGCCUCGAUUCUGGACGGGAUCGCCGAGUUGAAGGACCACUUGGAGGCGGAGGAGGAGAUCCAGACCAACAGUGCGACUCCCGGCUCAAUCCCCGCCCCGGAAGACGACAUGGAGAUGCCGCUGCUGUACAGCGUACGCUCUGCCUCGAGGGCACAGAUCCUAGACUCGAUUCCUCCGAAGCAAGUUCUGGACCGCUACAUAUCGCACUAUUUCAACACUCUGGACUUGGCAUCAGGCGCAUUCCACACCGGAAAGUUCAUGAGGGAGUAUGCCGAGUUCUGUCAAAAUCCAUCCGAAACCCCCAUCAUGUGGCUGGGUUUACUGUAUUCAAUCAUGUGCAUGGCAGUCAUGUCGUAUGACCUCGUCGGCAAAUCGGAAGUAGAAGAUCCAAAGGCCUUGAUCGAUCAGUACCGCGAAAAGACGGCACAGUGUCUGCUACUGGGAAAGUACGCCAACGGAGGCCAAUACACCUGGGAAACCAUCUACCAGUAUGUCAUCAUAGAGUUGUCGUCGCGAAGGGAUAUCACGCAGACCAUCGGCAUCCUCCACGGCGUAUCUAUGAAUCUGCUCCUCCAGAUGGGCUACCACAGAGAUCCGUCCCACUUCCCGAGCAUUUCUCCCUUCGCCGGGGAGAUUCGACGCCGAAACUGGGUCAAGUGCUUGGAGGGCGACCUCCAGAUGUCGAUGCGGACAGGCAUACCUCGCAGGAUUAGUGCCGGUCACUGGGAUACAGAGGAGCCGCGGAACCUACACGACUCGGACUUUGACGAAGACACCAAGGAGAUCCCACCCAGCAGGUCAGAAACCGAGGUUACGGCUGUCACUCAACUGAUCGCGAGGAGGCGUAUGCUGGUGGCGGUUGGGGCUGCUGUCGAUCUGUCUUCGUCAAUCAAGCCGCCUGCUUACACCGAAGUACUGGCAGUGGAUCGGCAGGUGAGGGAGGCAGAGGAGAGCCUCCCACCACCACUGAAGAUGAAGCCUUUGCAGGCGUCAGUCACGGAUCCGCCGCUGUUGAUCAUGCACAGGCUGUACUUGGCGCUCAUGUUUCGUAUAGGUGAGGUCAUGAUCCAUCGCAAAUAUCUCAGCGAAGCAAGCGACAGCUUCAGCUACUCGCGAAAGAAGUGCUUGGACUCUUGUCUCUCUGUUCUGCAGCUACAACACACUCUCAACGAGGAAACCAUGGUCGGAGGCUUGCUGCAUUUUGCGGGAGCCAAGCUGUCGCUUAUUGGGAACCAUGCAUUCCUGACGGCCUGCAUCACCCUCUGCGGCGCGAUGUACAAGGGACUGCAUGCGGCUGGGAAUGAAUAUGCCUCGGCUAGGGAAGAGGACGUUAAAACAGCGCUGUGGAACUCUCUCAGCGCUUGGAUGAAGAAUGAGUCUUCGUCUAGAGAGGCUCGCAUUGCGGCCGAGUCCAUCAGGCUUGUACUCAAGAAGAACGGCUGGUUCAGCGAGUUGUUGCCAAGUCCAGAUCUAGGUUCCACCUCAGUCAACGCUAUGGGUCUCGAUUCUCUGGGCGGGUUCUUUGGGCACGGAAUCGACAGUUUUGGCGAGGCGCCUUUGACAAUGUUCAACAACGAGUGGGACCCAGAGGGGUUUCCCUGGUUUCUGGAUCCGUUGAAUGGCGGGAUGGCCAUUGGUGAUGCGGCCGCGGCCUCUCCCCCCAACGUGACGGCUCCGUCUAACGUGGAAGCGCCUGACGAGCCUGUCGCACCCGCCAAUCUUGAAGCUGACGAUACUGAAAACCUCGCCGAGACGGCGUCCAAUAUCGAUGAUCGGAUCUCAUCGUACACUGCUUCCCUGUCCUCAAGCGUUCUUGACUACCCCACGGAAAAUGGUCGACGUUACCAUGCCUUUCGAGCAGGCUCAUACCUUGGACCAAAUGAUGAAACCGAAAUGGAUCGACUUGACUUCAACCACAUGCUCAUCAUGAAGGCGAUCGGCGGAAAACACUUCUUGGCCCCAGUCCCGCAGGAAGAGACGCAGAGAAUCCUUGACAUUGGCACUGGAACUGGUAUCUGGGCUGUUGAGGUGUCUGACCUGUUUCCCAACGCUGAGGUUUUGGGAAAUGAUUUCAGUGCUAUUCAGCCACCUUGGGUGCCGCCUAAUGUCAAGUUCGAAAUCGAUGAUGUUGAGAGUGAGUGGGUAUAUGACCACAAAUUUGACUUCAUCUUCUCCCGAUACAUGGCUGCAUCCAUUAAAGACUGGCCGAAGCUGGUGAGAAACAUUCACGAGCACCUCAACCCCAACGGCUGGGCUGAGUUUCAGGACUACGACAUCGCUUUCUGCAGCGAUGAUGGUACUCUGACAGAAGAGCACCAUACAACCAAGUGGUGCAACACAUUGAUUGAUGCCUGUAACAAGAUCGGUCACGACCCGAACCCUGGACCCAAGUUGGAACGCUGGGUUAAGGAUGCCGGCUUCAUCAACGUUGUUCACCAGAGCUUCCCCAUCCCCUUGGGACCGUGGCCCAAGGACCCUCAUUACAAGGAUGUCGGUAUGACGAACCUUAUCCAUUAUGUAGAGGGCCUCGAGGCCUUCAGUUUGAGAGCCUUCUGUGCCAUCAUGGGAUGGACGAAAGAGGAGACCCUGGUGCAUCUUGCCCAUGUGCGCAGAGAGAUGAAGAAGGGGGACUUCCAUGCUUACAUUACAAUCCACGUUGUGUAUGGUCAGAAGGCAGAAGCCAGCACUGAUAAUGAUGAGGAUUGA